GAUAUUAAGAUACCUUUGAAACAAUAAUAGAAAAGAAAGUGGCUUUAGUAAUUUACCAUUUAGUUUAGUACAUUCAUCUUUUCAGUGGUUAACAUAGUUCAUAGUUUUGAUUUGACUCGAGUGGUGCAAUAUGCAUAUUUCUAUCAAGACGGUAGAAGGAAAGACCAUAAACCUAGAGGUUGACGAUAGCUCCGAUACCAUCGAUCUAAGGAUUCAUGGACCCACCCGUGAAUUGGUUCUUCGUUUAAGCCCUGAUCCGGCUCCGAAAGCAGUCAUGCGGAUUUUUGUACAGAGUACUCUAAGGGGACAAUUAUUCAUCCUCGAGGUGGAGGAGACCGAGACCAUUGAAAACGUCAUGGCCAAGAUCCAUGAACAGGGAGGACCACCAGUGGACCGGCAUAGGCUAAUCUUCCAAGGCAAGCAGCUCGACAAAGGUCGCACCAUGGCUGACUACAGAAUCAAGACGGAGUCAAUCCUUUACGUGAUGUCAUCCAGUACGGCCUAAUGGCUGCAAUGUCCAAAAAUGCAACUGUUCUUGAAUGCAUUCAAACCAUCGAGAGAGCUUCCUAGAUAAACAAUCUCUGUUUCU